UGUCGCCACCCCCGACAGAUGGCGGUUUGAGCCGAGCGGCAAACGCGGGGGUGAGAAUCCCGAGCGGUUGUUUCAGUACAAACGUAAAGGUCCUGAAAGAGGGACCUUGUCGUUGCCCUGUGCCUCAGGACAGCAUGUCAGGCGGCGAGGGGUCAGCCCCUGGGGUUAAAUCAAAUCACACUGCAGCUGAAGAAUUCGUGGAUAACGAGUGCGUCGUGAGCGUUAACGAGAUAGACGUUGCGUCAUCCGGGGAUGGUUUGCGACGGAGAAAAGUCAUCCACGCGGCUAAAGAGACACUCGACAAAGCCUCGCGUCUCCUCAGACGCAAAAUACCAUGUACGGGUCAUCUGAUGACCCCCCGCCGCCUAUGGAUACAAAAAGUGCCCACGCAGGAAUGCGAUGUCGUGGUCAUGUUCCCCAGCGGCGCACGGGACGAAACUCUGAUGUGGCUUCUGGGACGACUCAGAGCUGGGACUCCUGGACUUGUCGUUCACGUUCGUCAUCACACAUCUUCCGACAGCUACGGGUUUUACCUCACGGCUCCGUUUCCAGUCCUCCUGAAGGCGGCGGAAGAAGUCCACUUGCCGAAAAGGCUGCGUCAGGAGUUUGGCGGUGGUCUUAAGGAGUUCGUAGGAACGGAGACGAGCUUUUUCGAAGGUAGCGACGACGAGGCCGGCUUCUUCACCACCCAGGAAAGACAGUCCCUGGUUCUCCAUCUUCUCCACACUCUACGGGCGGGUCAACAAGACCUGCACAGCCUGCCUGGACUCAAGCUAAUCGAGGGUCAAGCCAUCGUACCGAAGUGCAUCUCUGCCGGGGUCAUUUCCCAAGUAUUUCCACUCCACGAGUUACCGGCCUUGGAAAAGCUCCAGAGGACUUGGGUCCGCGCUUUUCUCAGCCCCCAACCUCUCGACGACAUUUGUCGAUACUUCGGGGUCAAGAUAACCAUGUACUUUGCUUGGCUCGGCCAUUACACCACCGCCCUAAUCGUUCCGGCUGCCGUGGGUGUCAUAUACUGGGUCGGCAUCAUCGGGCGGAACCAGGCGGUGGAGGAUGUGGCCUACGUAUUGUUUUCGAUAUUCAACGUCGUCUGGGCCACCGUUUAUCUCGAGACUUGGAAACGCCGUGGUGCCGAAUUGGCCUACCGAUGGGGAACCCUCGACCAACGCGACGACCUGCUUGUCGAACCACGGCCUCUCUUCACGGGUACGCUUGAGAGGUCGCCGGUCACCGGAAGACUGGAACCAACUUACCCGGCCUGGAGACGAAACGUCUUUCGAUACUUGGUCAGCAUACCAGUGAUCGCGGUGUGCCUAUUCUUAGUAUUUAUCGUCAUGAUUGUGAGCUUCCAAGUGCAGGACUGGUGGGACGCCGGACUCGAGUCUGCUGGUUACGGAUUCUGGCUGAGCUACGUGCCGAAGGUUCUUCUCGCGGUGGUUAUCACCCUGAUGGACGAGGCAUACUUCAAGGUCGCGGUCUGUCUCAACGACAUGGAAAACUAUCGGCUCGACACCGAAUAUGAGAAUCAUCUGAUCUACAAGGUGGCCCUGUUUCAGUUCGUCAACUCGUUUCUCUCUCUCUUCUACAUCGCGUUUUACCUCCAAGACCAGGAGAGAUUGAAAGAGCAACUGGCCGCCCUCUUGAUAGCUCGACAAGUGAUCGGUAACCUGAAGGAAUCGGCAGUUCCGUACCUGGUUGAACAGCUGCGAUUGGCUCGUUUGAGUUUCGAAUUAUUCGGGGCCCUGAGUCCCAGCGAGGCGCGACCGCCGCCUGGCGAAGAGGAAAUUCCCGAUUCGGAAAAUGCGCGGGAAGCUAAAGAGCGGAAGAGGAAUCCCGAGGAUGAUGCGAAGGAGGAAAACCGGGGAAAGGGAAAACGAAACGUCAGCCAGGCGGAGCUGGAAAGCUCGUUGUAUAGAGUAGGACACCCCUCAAAUUUCCUACUUAGUGACAGUGCCUUGAAGUACGACGGUGCCUUUUCGGAACACCUGGAAAUGCUCUCCCAGCUGGGAUACGUCUGCCUAUUUUCGUCGGCGUUUCCAUUGGCGGCAGUUGCGGCCCUCUUGGGAAAUUUGCUGGAGCUCAGAGGGGACGCCUUCAAGCUUUGCUUCGUUCUUCAGCGACCCUUCGGCAGAAGAGUAUCGAACAUCGGUACUUGGCAGAACGCGAUGGAGGCGAUGGGACUGGUCGCAAUUCUCGUCAACUGCGGAUUGAUCAGCCUUAGCGGCCAGGUGCAGAGGAUGUUCCCCGAGAUGUCGGCGACCCAAACUAUCCUCCUGAUCGUCGCUCUCGAGCACAUCAUGCUCGCUAUUAGAUUCGUCAUUGUCUGCGCUAUACCCGAUAUUCCGAGCUGGGUCGCGACCGAAAUGGCAAAGGUUGAAUUCCUGAGACGCGAAGCCGUUCGCCGACUCUCCUCGACCCCUUCGCCGGAGCAACAACCGCCGACCGUGAUCGGCCGAUUCGUCGUGAGUCCAGCCGACGGUGAGGAGGAACAGGAAUCGGUCGCUUCGCGUAACGACGAUGAAUCCGUGACCUCGAGUCAACCCGGAACUCCAGGGCUGGUAUCAACGGCCCAAACGCCGAGCAAUCCUCCGACGCCAAGCGCCGCGACGGUACCCAGAAUCGCAGAGACUCCGCCGCCCCUCGAGACGCCAGGAACCCCCGGAAGCGGGGAUCGAAGCCCCCUGGGAUCCGGAAACAACGGCAGCAUAAACCGCGAGGUUCACAACACCCCGAGAGCCUCGAUCCCCGGCGGAGAAAGAGCGCGAAGAUCUCGCGAUUGGUUGACCGGCGAAAACGCACCAUCAACGCCAGGAAGCGACCACUAUAGUCACCAUCUCACGAUUGGUCCCCACGGGGGCGUCGACUGGGUACGAAGAUUAGGCCUGGAACCUGCGGGACGAAAAACAAGCGACUCGGAGAUAAGCGGAACCGGAAGCGGAAGUGGAAGUGGCGAUGAACUGGCGCUGCGUCGAUCAACCGACUGCAUCGUUUCGAAAGAGCUCGCUUCUUCUUCGGACAGCGAUUUGCUAAGGUCGGCGCCGCCGUGGGCGAUGGCUCACAGAGCGCAAAAGUUCCGAUUUUCGCCAGAAAAAGAACGGGAACGAGCGGUGGCCGAGAAGCAAUCGAGGGACCAGCACCAGUACCAGCAGGAUUAUCGGAGAGAGCAGCGAGAGCUGAGGGAGCAGAGGGAGCAGCGUGAGUUGCGGGAGCAGAGGGAGCUGCAGAAGGAUAACCGGGAGAUUCGAGACCAUAGAGAGCGGCACUCGCAGCAGCACGAGAAGACGGACGGCGGUCUGUCGGACUCGAACAGAACGGUCUCGAGUCAGGAGGACGAAAAGACGUCGAAGGAGGAACGGGAGGCGAAAAAGACGAGGGUCAAGCAGAGCCUGAUGAAGCGGGCGCGGUCGGUCGCCAUAUUCUCGUUGAAGCUCAAGGAGCGAAGGGCGAAGGAGGCCGAGGUCAAGGCCAAGGACGCUGAGAGGGAGGCGAGGUGGCAGCAGCCGCAGUCCUGCGUCGGUGGAGAACUUUCCUGCAUACCGAUCGAGAAAUUGAUAUCGGUCGACGACAUAGCGACGAUGGAUAUGCGCAGAAAGAAUUAGUUCUAGUAUCAGUAGUAUAGGUAAUUUUGUUAAAAGGAAAAAGGAAAGAGGAAACGAUUAUUAUCAUUAUUAUUAUUAUUAUAAAAUAUAAUAUUACCGAUGAUGAUGAUGAUAAUAAAACACAAUAUUAUUUUUUAAAACAUUUUUAAUCCACACACACACACGCGCGCGCUAAUACACAACAUAUAAAUACGUCCUUACAGCGUUAUAUGUAAAAUCUCAAAAUUUACACCGUUAUCUUGAAACUUCCAAAGACGCCGUGUAAUUUAUAGAUAUAUGAAGGUAUUUUUUUGCCUGACUUAUGCAUACUUAUAAACGUUGGUUUUAGUAUAAACGAUCCUUCAAUUUAUCUCUUCGCGAAUCGCAUAAUACGUUAUUAUACAAGUGGCAGAGGAUUCGGGUUGUUAACUAAUUUGUACAAAACGCUAAGAAUCAAAGACGUUCAUAAAACUCCAUAAUUAUACAAUGCAAGGCGAAUUUCAAGGUAAUUUUGUGUCCGGUGGAAUAAUGAUAGUGUCGUUAGGGAAAAAUUGAACUCGGAUAUUAUCUCUAGCAAUUUUAAUUCAGCUUUCCCGCUAUUCGUCUCUAUUGCGACAGUACAAUUACAAUUAAGUUCACCAAUUGUACACCUGCCCCGAUUGGAAGCUAACCGUGCAUGGAUCGAGAAUUAGGAAGGCUCAAAGAUCAGGUCCAAUACAUACAACUGUUACGAAGCAAGGAGGACACGUGUUCUUUCGAAAUAAUUGCCGAAGGGUGAAAUGUUGCGUAUAAUGAAGAAAUCUAUAAGUGUGCCAGCUAUACCGCAUACAGUAUAACGCAUCGGUCCCUUCGUAGGCUUUGCGGAUAAAUAUAUACAGAAGUUUGCGUCAACCGAGGCAAGAUUCGAGGUCAGGCAAACGUAGCCUGCAAGAAUCUAGCUAGACUCUGAAAGUAACGCGUGUGCCAGAUCAUUGACGCGAGUCCGAUCCUCCACGUGUGUAUGUAUGUCUAUAUAACAUACGUCAGGAAAUUAUAUUCAUUUUUAAGAAAAAGGAAGAAGAAAAAGUGAGAGAAGAAAUAAGAAAACGACACGUCAUUAAAAGACGUUUUAAAAAUAAAUUCCUACUCCAACUUGAUUCCUCUGUAAUAUUCCAAGUCGCGUAUAGAUCGAUAGAUCGCAGUGAUCGAUCAAGUGAAUCAAUUACUACUGCAAUAGCUGCCUGCAAUAAAUCAUCCUCGGAACUGCAGAAGCGCGGCGCGCGUGACAUGCGGAAUAAGGUUUGAAAAUGAAACUGAAAAUAAAACAGUAGUAACACUAAUAAUAGUUGGAAUAAUAAUAACAUUAACAAUCGCAACGUUCCAUCUUUAUCAACGCGGUACCACUGAUAGGUGAGCAAGAAUUAGUAAUUAAUAAUUCUCGGAAGUUAAUUAAGCCGGUUUCCAUUAGCGUCGAGAUCCGGUUGCCUCUAAGUAUUAUUCAUACCUACGACGUGUUUGAGGCUGAGAGUUGGGAUGAGAGACCAGCGAGUGAAAACGAAACUUGUAAGAGAUUGAAGUAAAUUCGUUAUUUUAUUUUGAAUUUUCGUUUGAACGAGCGUACAAUGCCCUGAAAUGAAACAUCGAUAGAAUUAUUCGUAAUUUAAAAAAUACGUUAGUCGUUAUAGGUAUAUGCAUAAACAUACACAUAUGUUACAACAGACACAAUGUGUAUAAUAAUUAAUAAUAGUAUUAAACUAAUGCGAGUAAAAUAAAAACCGCGAAGAUAAAGAAAGUAGGAAAGGUAGAAUAUAAACCAAAACACUCUAUAACGAAUAAACCCGUAGAAUUUAACGCAAAAGGUGUGUGAACAUAUAUUGUAGAUAUCGCCAAAAUCCCUCGGCAAGCGUAGUAUAUAUAGAUAUAUUUUCUAUAUACUAUGUAUGUGUAAAUAUAAAUAGAAUCCGGGUGAGCCAACGGUGUUUGAACCAAAACGUUAAUUUUGCUUUUUGAAGUCUUAAUAACAAUGAGCAACUAAGGCAAAGGCUUUAUCCCCCCCCCUUAGUUAUACGGUUCUUCACAUAAAUUUCUGACCAACAAUACGCCGUAAAAAUGAAAUCUAUCAAACUAAUACGUCGGUUACCAAAAUUUUCCAUAACUGAGCUCUUCGUAGCUCGAAAUAGAGGGGAAAAAACGAAUCAAUAAAACGAGGACCUAGAGUUUCGAAUUUAUCUCGAACCACAUGGAUUCGCGUUGAGUGUUGAGUGAAACCGAAAGAGUUGAAUGGCAAUAAACAAGCAGUACAACGUGGAAUACGAUGUAUAAAUAUCUGAUGACAAUUGAUGAUAGCGUGCGAAAUGGUUUAAAAAAAGAAAAGAAAG